AUGUAUGAGUUUUCUAACAAAUCCUAUGGAGUUUUUGGUGAGUUCUAUGAAUUUCCCGGUGAAACUCAUGAGUUUUCUGAUGAGAUUCAUGAGUUUUCUGACGAAGCUCAUGAGUUUCUUGAUGAAAAUCACAAGUUUAUUGAUGAAGCUCAUGAAUCUCUUGAUGAACCCCAGGAGUUUCUUGAUUCAUUCAUGAAUUUCCCGAGAAAACGUGACGGGGAGGUUUCCCCCCGGAGGGAAAAAGAAAUUUUUGCUCACCAUAUAUCGAGCGAAUCCUCGUCCCCUUUGUCAAAGGUUAUGUCGAGGAGAUGUUUUUCGCGCUCCUUGGUCAUCAACAAGGGCUCUAAUCAAGGAUGUCAAAUGGAGAAUUUCCAUGAGCGCAUGGUCAGGAUAGUGGCCAACAGGGGUGCUAAGAAAUCACCUAAGAGUAGUGUCGCUCAACUCUAA